UUGAGGUUAUCCGACGUUUUCAGAGCGUUUGCUUGGCUUGUUUUGAGCUGAUUUUCUAUAAAAAUAAAUCAAAAUGACGAUAGGUAAGAAUAACAAGAUGAUCCAGCACAUAAACUAUCGUGUGCGGAUCACCCUGAACGACUCUCGAACGUUUAUUGGCACGUUUAAAGCCUUCGAUAAGCAUAUGAACAUGAUUUUGGGCGACUGUGAAGAGUUUAGAAAAAUCAAACCCAAAAAUUCCAAAGUUGAACGGGAGGAAAAGCGAGUACUUGGCUUUGUGUUAUUGAGAGGCGAAACUGUUGUUUCUCUGACUGUAGAAGGACCUCCGCCACCAGAAGAGGGACUGCCUAGAGUACCGAUUCCAGGAGCAACUUCUGGACCAGGCAUUGGCAGAGCUGCAGGUCGAGGAAUGCCUGCAGGAAUGAGCGGAGUCCCUGUAGGAUUACAAGGUCCAGUCAGAGGUGUAGGCGGGCCAUCUCAGCAAGUGAUGACGCCUGGAGGAAGAGGUCAAAUGGCGGGUCCACCACAAAUGAACCAUGGUCCACCUAGGAUGGGUGCACCUCCACCAGGAAUGAUGGGCGGUCCACCACCUGGUAUGAUGGGCAUGCCUCCAAAUGCCAUGGGCAUGGGUAGAGGUGGUCCACCACCGCCACCAAUGGGAAUUAGAGGUCCCCCACCUGGUAUGAUGAGAGGGGGACCUCCUGGACCACCAAGAGGAUAUUAGUUGUAAGUUGGUUUCAAAUCUGUAUCUGGAUCACUUGUGCUGUCCAAUUAUCUUUAUACCUCUUUUAAUUUACUGAUUGUUCUAAAAUUGUAAAAUUGGGAGUGUAAUUCUUAAUAAAAUAAUAUUUAUUGAUCACAACCAAGCUCUUUAAAAUAAAAAUUAAUAUUAAGUACAUAUGUAUUUUUCUUAAAAUAUCUUAAGUACAUGAAAUAUUAUAUCAUGAUCACAAAUAGGAUUUCUUUACAUAGUAAAUAAAAUGAAUCAAAAAAAAAAUCAAAUGCCUCAAAUUUUCUAAUUGUGCAACAUAAAUUUAAAAAUGUUUAUCCCAAGUAGAAAAAUCAUCCUGAACAUCCUCUUUGUCAUCUUGAAAAGUUUCAAAAUAUCUUGUAUCAGUUUUACUGUUUAAUGAAAUCCUUAUUGGAGGCUCAAUCUCUAAAUUUCUCAAUUUUUCCCAGUCAAGUUUGGAGAACCAUGGAUGAAUUUUAAUAUCUUUAAUGCCAUUUUUUUGACAGCCUAUUCUAUCUAUAGACAAUGGUCUGCAUAGUUUUUUGAUAAGAUUCCUUGCUCUCGGAGAAACAAUAAAAGGAAAUGUCACAAAAUCGAUACCUUUUAAAAUUGCUUUGUAGGUUUUAAGAUCAUUAUGCAUGUCAUUUCUAAAUGGCGACUUUCCUACUAGUAAUUCAAAAAUAAAUACGCCUAACGCCCAAUAGUCAACUCCUCUGUCAUGGGGUAGAUUCUUUAUUAGCUCGGGCGAAACGUAUUCUGCAGUACCGACGAAACUGAAGGAAGUUUCGUUUAUUGGAAUUUUUUUCGCAAAACCAAAAUCGGUCAGUUUGAGGUAGCCAGUUUCUGAUACCAUAACAUUUUCAGGCUUGAGAUCUCUGUAGAUUAUGUCUUUGGAGUGGAGGUAGUCAAGAGCUUCAAUAAUACAACCUGAAAAAGAGUUUAAUUUUAAAUUCUGCCUUGAAUUUUUUUUUAAAUUGUUUUGAUUUCCUAGUAACUAACUAAUAGUCAUUAGUUAUUAGAAUAAAGGGGUCAAUGCCUGUACUUUUAAACAGUAAAUAUUUGUGUGAAACACUAAGUUUUCAAGGUCAUGUGAUAAAUUCCAGA